CUGUACAGGGGUGUGCUCGAGACUACUGAAAGAUGCAUAAGUGCAUUAAGACUGCAGCUUUAUAGAGCAAAACUCAACCCUUUUAGCUGUUUGCGAAUUUAUUGGAUUAUCACCAUUUGUGCCACAUCAGGGACUUGCAUAAGCUUAAAUAAAAUGGAUUUGAGGAUUAUUUUUCCAGUGUUGUCCAUGCUGUCAUCUGGAAUUUUUGAUUUGGCUGCUCCAGCAUCUUUGGGUCUUGGCACAGCACAAGCCACAGCAAUCUCUGUGCGACACUCCAGGACUAAGAGAUGUUCCUGCGCAAGUUUUAUGGAUAAAGAGUGUGUCUACUUUUGCCACCUGGACAUAAUAUGGGUCAACACACCAGAGCGAACAGUGUCAUAUGGACUUGGAAACGCUCCACGUAAGAAGCGCUCAGUAACAGAACCUGUUGUGCCCAAGUCACGCUGCAAAUGUGCAGAUAGUCAAGACAAAACAUGCUCAUCAUUUUGUCAGCUGGACAAUUCCUUAAAGCAUAAAGCAGCGUCAGACAAGGCAAUGCAUGCCGCCCAGGGCCAAGAUUGUGCCGAGAAGCAAUGCAAACACAAGCUGGCAGACAAACAGACAACGAUUAGACGGGUGAAAAACACAAAACAGAGUGGUGACAUCCUCUCCAGGGUGAGGGCCAUCAAGAGGAUCAAUCUUCUCCUGGAGAAAUGGGUGAGGAGGCACCACAGGACACGAGCGUGGACGUCUGAAAACGCUGCUUCAUAGAGACCAGGCUCAUCUUUGAUGAUCCACCACAGGACUUACCUGGAUAAGAAGCUCCUCUCUGCUCAUUUAUCGCAUACGUCUUGUGCUUUCAUGCCAUGGGGUGUCAUCAGGUGUGUUGGAAUGCCUACUGAUGCAAGCGUCUUGCGUUGUGGUGUUUGUCAUGUGGGCUCCACCUUAGAAGUGAGUCAGUAUCAGUGUGGCAUUGUGGAGCUCAGGGGGAUGAAAAACCGAGGAAGAUGUUGACUUAACAAACCAAACCUCAAAUUAUAAAGACUAACCUCUAUCAACAUUAAAUGUUUCUGAACUAGACCUUCUGGUGCAUGGGAUAACUAGACGAAGAAGCCAAGUGGGAUGUUUAAAUUAAACUGAUUGCAAAUAAUGACUAGCAUUGAAGAUAUUUGUUGCACAUGAGGAAUAUGCUGUAACUAAAUGAAACUGUGGAAUCAGGGACUCCAGAAACACAUCAGAGGACACUGAACAUCAAGCCACUACAAGCCAAAGACUCUUUCUUGGAUCUUGUUACUGGACUCAUUCACUUUAUUCACUGUAAAACAAUGAAGCUCUGUAACUGCGUCAAUGCUUCAGUGGAAUUGCUAUUUUUCACAUUUAUGUUAAAUAUUUAUCUUUAGCCAUAUUGGCUAAUAAGACUCUUCUCAAUGUUAUUUCUAUGAAAUGAUAGCAUUUAAUUGCCAUUAAUGUGGUUAACUUUUUUAGGCAAUAAUAAAUAUUUUGCAUUAUUUAAACAACUUCAGCUGCUUCUGAAUUUUUCUGCUUAUUAUUUUAUGUCCCACUGAAAUGCGUAAUUAUGUUUGCUCCAACUGUAUUUAUAUUUAAUAGAACAGAAUCAUGUGCCCCAACUGCAA